GAGGGAGCGGGGUGAACCUCGUCACGUGAGACGGCGUGCAGCAGGGCUGCAAUCUCUUCCUGACUGUGUGCACCGCUAUGGCGGACUGCGAGAGAUCUCCGCUGCUUUCAGAUCUCAGCGAUGGAGGUACAGGCGGCGGGAUCCUACCCAGUAAACCGCAAGGGUUUCCUGAGUUUCCCAGCUCGCAGCCCUCGGUCAUGCCUGGUGAAGACCCCCCUCCCUACUCCCCUAUGACCUCUCCAGAGAGCGGCAGUGCCCCCAUGAUCAGCUGCCGGGUGUGCCAGUCACUCAUCAACGUGGAGGGCAAAAUGCACCAGCAUGUCGUCAAGUGUGGGGUCUGCAAUGAAGCCACGCCCAUAAAGAACGCUCCGGCUGGGAAGAAGUAUGUGCGUUGUCCGUGCAACUGUCUCCUUAUCUGUAAAGUGACGUCACAAAGGAUAGCCUGCCCCCGACAGUACUGUAAACGAGUAAUCAACCUGGGUCCUGUUCACCCCGAUCCUGCCAGCCCAGAACCACAGCCCGCGGGAGCGAGGGUGACCUGCGGGCACUGCAAAAACACCUUCCUGUGGACAGAAUUCACGGACAGGACAUUGGCACGCUGUCCACACUGCAGAAAAGUGUCCUCUAUUGGGAGAAGAUACCCUCGUAAGAGAUGCUUGUGGUGCUUCCUGUCCAGUCUCCUGUUUGCCAUCGUUGCCGGUGGCCUUGCUGCUGGCACGUGGAAGCAUGCUCAACGGUACGGAGGAAUCUACGCGUCCUGGGCCGUGGUCAUUCUACUGGCGGUCAUCUGCAUGGGCCGAGCCUGCUACUGGGCCUGCAUGAGGGUCAGCCAGCCAGUCCAGAACUUCUCAUAAAAACCCCAGCGCGUUCUCGAGAGGGGAAGCAGAACGAGAAAGCAUUUUCGUGAGGUGGUCGGGGGUUGGGGGUGGGUGUAAUGUCAAUCAGAACCCCUUUUUUCUGGGGCAUUGGGUAUACACCUUUGAUCACAACUGGAAGCCUUGUAUUUUAGGUUAGGCUCUGAUACAGAGGGCAGCCCCUGGAUAUCGCAUCAUCUCCCAGUCCUUUAGUGCCUGUUCAUACUUGUGCACAUUUCUUUUUUCCAGUCCGUGUAUAUUCCAGUCCAGGUUUUUUUUCCAGCCAUGCUCUGAAUUAUUCAUUUGAAACAAUGACACCUUCCCGCUUUAAGUAAUUAACCUAUUAAGCCUGGAGUGUUAGGCUCUCCAAGACUAGAAAUUGAGGUUAGCGCCACUUAGUGGACUUGUGGGGAACUGUAGUGUCUGACCAUUGUGAGUCUAAUAAGCAAACUGCUCCCCCCCUCCCCCAUCCCCCAAAUGAGUAACAAUCACUACACGAGUUACCCCAAAAUAGAGAACCAAAUUUGAAUGAACUGUAUUCAAUAAAGUGCUUCUCCAAAUGCAAAGAUGAAUUGCACAAAUGUUCAAAAAAAUGUUCCAAACUUUUUUUUUUCAAUGGAUUUUUUUAAUAAGUAUUUCCUUUUUUUUAUAUACAAGUCACAGUCGUGGGUCCUCUCCUAUCUGACACGUAUUGCUAGUGGUUGGAUACACAGAAACCAGGACCAGAGGACACGGUUACAAAUGAAGUGGAGAUAGACUUAGGACAGAGGGAAGGAGACUCUUCUUCACACAGAGAGUGGUGAGGGGAUGGAAUGGGUUACCUAGUCAUGUUGUUGAAGGAGACUCUUCUUCACACAGAGAGUGGUGAAGGGAGGGAAUGGGUUACCUAGUCAUGUUGCUGAAGGAGACUCUUCUUCACACUGGGAGUGGUGAGGGGAUGGAAUGGGUUACCUAGUCAUGUUGCUGAAGGAGACACUUCUUCACACAGAGAGUGGUGAGGGGAUGGAAUGGUCUGCCCUAGUCAUGUUGUAGAAGGAGACUCUUCUUCACACACCCAGUGGUGAGGGGAUGGAAUGGGUUACCUAGUCAUGUCGUAGAAGGAGCCUCUUCUUCACACAGAGAGUGGUGAGGGGAUGGAAUGGGUUACCUAGUCAUGUUGUAGAAGGAGACUCUUCUUCAUGCAGAGAGUGGUGAGGGGAUGGGAUGGGUGACCUAGUCAUGUUGAGGCAGACCCGGGGAUCCUUUUAAGACCCUUCUCUCAUUCGUACGCUUUCUUAUUCUGAUAUACAUGGUUACGCUGGCAUUACUGAUCCAAGUUUCUGUUAUACAUUUCAAAGAGGAUUUUACUGGAACGGUCAUAAUUGUUUCUCUCCUGAGUGAAAUAAACAUUCACAUAAUGUUCUGUUUUAUAUAAUAUAAAAAAAGAAAAGAAAAUGUGUUUACAAAUCUACUGGAUGUUUUAACAUAAUCAAACAAAAAUACCCCACCUAGACUACUGUGUGUGGUUUUGGUCAUCUCGCUACAAUAAAGGCUAGGCUGAUCCCAGCCUGUAAAAUCAUCAAUUGUAUAUAUAAAGUUAACCCAAGACACUACUUCAAAUUUAUCACAGAGAAAAGAACAUGCAGAGGGCACACGAGCAGAAUGAAUUCGUCUUGGCAGAUAUUCAGUUUCGUUUGCACAUUAAUUGGAAUGUCCUGGGUGGAAUUAACAUUCAUUUUGUAGAUCUAAAUUAAGAACCAAUUUGUAAAUAUUUCUUGUCUUCUCUUAUUUUCUUUGAAUGUUGCACUACCUGUACACAUGUUUUAUUUGUUGUUCUAAUUAUUAUUAUUUUUAAUUGAAGCCGUUGGAUUAACGACCAUGAUGUCACUGUUGCACCGUGUUGUAAAACUCCAUAUAACUGGAUGUCAGUCUCUGAUCAGUGUAGGUAAUUAAUGAGCUGUAAAUAAAUUAAUGAAACCCCAAAAGCUACGUCCUGUUCUGUCAUCAUUGUUAAAAUGACAUUUCGAAUCAGUAAAGGAAAACAAA